AUGGAUUCCUCAAGAGGCCCUCCGAGGGUCAAGAACAAGGCGCCUGCGCCUGUGCAAAUAUCUGCAGAGCAACUGCUUCGUGAAGCAGUUGAUAGGCAAGAGCCCGGCGUACAGGCGCCGACUCAACGUUUCGCGGAUUUGGAAGAACUUCAUGAAUUCCAGGGUCGCAAGCGCAAGGAGUUCGAGGACUAUGUUCGCCGCAACAGGAUUAAUAUGAACAACUGGAUGCGCUAUGCGCAGUGGGAGUUGGAACAAAAGGAAUAUCGACGUGCAAGGUCCAUUUUCGAGCGGGCCUUAGAUGUCGACAGUACCCAUGUGGCUCUAUGGAUUCGAUACAUCGAGGCGGAGAUGAAGACAAGGAACAUCAAUCAUGCGCGGAACUUACUGGACAGGGCUGUCACCAUCCUACCACGCGUCGACAAGCUUUGGUACAAAUAUGUGUAUAUGGAAGAGACGCUGGGCAAUAUUCCUGGGACCAGGCAAGUCUUUGAGCGAUGGAUGAGUUGGGAGCCGGACGAGGCUGCCUGGUUGGCCUAUAUCAAGUUGGAGAAGAGAUAUGGCGAAUAUGACCGUGCGCGAGCGAUCUUCGAACGGUUCACCAUUGUUCAUCCCGAGCCACGAAAUUGGAUCAGAUGGGCCAAGUUUGAGGAAGAAAAUGGCACCAGCCAGCUCGUGCGGGAUGUGUACGGUGUUGCCAUCGAGACACUAGGCGACGACUUCAUGGAUGAGAGGCUCUUCAUCGCCUACGCCCGCUAUGAAGCUAAGCUCAAGGAGUAUGAAAGGGCUAGGGCGAUCUACAAAUACGCAUUGGACAGACUUCCACGCUCUCGCUCGGCGUUGCUUCAUAAGUCUUAUACACAGUUCGAGAAACAAUUCGGCAACCGAGAAGGUGUUGAGGACGUCAUCCUGGCGAAGCGGCGGGUGCAGUACGAGGAACAGGUCAAAGCCAAUCCUCGCAAUUACGACGCGUGGUUUGAUUUCGCAAGAUUGGAGGAAGCGGGGGGCGACGUGGAGCGUGUGAGAGAUGUUUACGAGAGAGCUAUCGCGCAGGUUCCGCCGUCGCAGGAGAAGCGACACUGGCGGCGAUAUAUCUACCUGUGGAUCUUCUAUGCGCUGUGGGAGGAGAUGAGCAAUAAGGACAUUGAGAGGGCGAGGCAAAUAUACCAAGAGUGCCUGAGGCUCAUUCCACACAAAAAAUGGACCUUCGCCAAAAUCUGGCUCCUGAAAGCGCAGUUCGAGGUUCGCCAAAUGCAACUGCAGGCAGCAAGAAAGACACUAGGUCAAGCCAUUGGAAUGUGUCCGAAAGACAAAAUCUUUCGUGGGUACAUUGAGCUGGAGAAGCAACUGUUCGAAUUUGGUCGAUGUCGCACUCUCUACGAGAAACAGCUUGAAUGGAAUCCUUCCAACAGUCAAGCUUGGAUUCAGUUUGCCGAGCUUGAGCGCGGGCUCGACGAUCUCGACCGAGCGCGGGCCAUUUACGAGUUGGCGAUUGAACAGCCCACACUAGACAUGCCCGAACUGGUGUGGAAGGCGUACAUCGACUUUGAAGAAUAUGAAGAAGAGUACGAUCGAGCGCGGACGCUGUAUGAGCGGCUCCUACGCAAGACCGACCACGUCAAGGUCUGGAUCAACUAUGCGCGGUUCGAGAUCAAUGUGCCUGACCCCAACGAGCCUGAAGUGGGCGAAGACGAAGAACAGCGGGUCAGCGAGGAAGCCAAGCGCCGGGCGCGCAAGAUAUUCGAGCGGGCGCAUGAGCUCUUCAAGUCGAGGGAGAUGAAGGAAGACAGGGUGACUUUGUUGAAUGCCUGGCGGUCGUUUGAGCAGACCCAUGGAUCGCCGGAGGACAUUGAGAAGAUCGAGAGACAGAUGCCUCGCAAGGUCAAGAAGAGAAGAAAGAUCGAGGAAGACCGGUUCGAGGAGUACCUCGACUAUGUCUUCCCGGCGGACGAUGAGAGUGCAGCCAAGAUGUCCAAAUUGUUACAGAUGGCGCACCAGUGGAAAGCGAAACAGCAGGUCAACGAGGGAGGGCAGUGA